AUGGGUGUGUUCGAUCGCACGUCAGUGAUCGUUGGAGAAGACCAAUGGGGUCGAUUUGGUUUCUCGUUAGCCGCUGUUGGAGACCUCAAUCAGGAUGGAUACAAUGAUUUCAUCGUUGGAGCGCCAUAUGCAGGCAAGAAUAAGGCCGGUGCUGUUUAUGUAAUGCACGGUAGCAAAGAUGGGGUUAGACCGAAAUACACACAGAAGAUCGAAGGUGGAGCGAUGGGAGCAAAAACGAGCACUUUUGGAUUUGCUGUAGCUGGAGGCGUUGAUGUUGAUGGAAAUGGAAUGCCAGCGAUGGGAGCAAAAACGAGCACUUUUGGAUUUGCUGUAGCUGGAGGCGUUGAUGUUGAUGGAAACGGAAUGCCAGAUAUUGCCGUUGGAGCGUGGAAAAGCGGGAAUGUAGCCGUCAUGACGACAAAGCCUGUUGUUACAGUAACUGGUCAGACGGAUGCAGAUAGUGUGACCAUUAACGUUGAGGACAAGAACUGCGAUGUUGACGCGAAGAUUGGAAAACAGGCAUGGUAG